AUCAUUUUUACUAGGCCAUUAUCCAGCUUACUGUAUACAUUUUAUUUUUUACAUCUAACUUAUUAAAGAGUACAACUGGAGUUCCCCACCCUGGAUUCAAACCUGCAACCCUCUUGUUACAAGUCCAUUUUCCUACACCUACAAUGCCACUAAGAAACCUGAUACAGGUGCUCUUAAUUCUCAGGCGUCCUCUCUCCUGCUUUAUCUCUGCAGUGGUAAAUGCAGCUGGACUAGACUGCUGGUACUGCUAUUGCUCGUUGCUACCUCUGAUAUGACACCACGUCUGCCAUGUUGUGUGUGCUGAGCCCAAGUUGGCAGGAGAGUGCCGGAUAAGAGAAGCAUGUGCAAAAUAGGCCCGCAAAACUCCGUCCAAGCAUAAUCCUUUGUCCCAUCUCUCUGGCCCUGAAACGCAAAUUCCAGAAUCAGCAGUGACAAAUGUAAGGGAAACUGUCCAUGAAGCAAAACCUCUAAACCCUCCAUUGUUAAGUCUUUGUUGGGUUAGCCUCGCGAUGCUACGGAACCCUCCCCCAGCCAUAUAUAUUGGGCUGUCCAACUUUUUCACUGUCACACUGUCUCACUUGUGGCUCGGUUUGGACAGCAUCCGGGGGAAAAUGUCGCAGUACUCAGGAAAGAUUAUGUUUUACGAGGGGAAGUGCUUCACGGGGCGGAAGCUGGAGGUCUUUGGCGACUGCGAUAACUUCCAGGACCGGGGCUUCAUGAACCGCGUCAACUCCAUCCGCGUGGAGAGCGGGGCCUGGAACUGCUACGAUCACCCCGACUUCAAGGGCCAGCAGUACAUCCUGGAGCGCGGCGAGUACCCCGAGUUCCAGCGCUGGAACGCCCACAAUGACCACAUGGGCUCUUGCAAACCCAUCAGGAUGCACGGUGAGAACUACAGAAUGGAGCUGUUUGAGGGCUGCAACUUCUCUGGGCAGUGUGUGGAGCUGUGUGAAGACUGUCCCUUCCUGCAGAGCCGUGGCUUCAGCAAGAACUGCAUCAAUUCCAUUAAAGUUUAUGGUGACGGAGCCUGGGUAAUGUAUGAGGAGCCUAACUUCCGGGGACGCAUGUACAUCGUGGAGAGAGGAAACUACUGCAGUCACACAGAAUGGCAGGGCCAGAACGCCAACAUCCAGUCCAUCCGCCGGGUGGUCAACUACUUUUAAACCCUGCCACGUGGAACGGACUGUGCCUUUUACCUUAAACUCGGUGAAAAUGUAAAACAAAAAAAUGACUAAAUAAUAUUUUAUCAAACGCUGGAAUGUUUCUUUGUGUUACAAGCCCAUUAAUAAAUUUUAUUAAAGAAAUUGCUUGCCAUGGAUAAACUCAAUUCAAGAAGCCAUCUUUUAUAAAUUCAUAUAUAUUUUUAGAACUGCAAUGCUAUGACAGCAAAACUGGAUAAAAGUAAUGAAAAUGACUCGAUUGCUGGGAUUUUUUAUGACACAU